AUGCGAGAAGGCACAGUAAACAGUAUUGAGGUGGAAGAUGACCCACUCGUAUGCUCUGCUGCCACUCUGGUGAAGAACAUUUCAUACAAAUAUAAAGAGGAACUAUCAGCACAUCUUAUUGUUGCUGGGUGGGACAAAAAAAAAGGAGGACAGGUCUAUGCGACACUGAGUGGUUUGCUGACCAGGCAACCUUUUGCUAUUGGUGGCUCUGGGAGUUUUUACAUUAAUGGGUUUGUUGAUGCAGAAUACCGAAAAAACAUGACAAAGAGAGAAUGUCAAGAGUUUGUAGUUAACGCUCUCACUCUGGCGAUGGGUCGGGAUGGCUCAAGUGGAGGCGUCGCAUAUGUUGUUACCAUUGAUAAAGAUGGAGCAGAAGAGAAGUGCAUUUUAGGAAAUGAACUGCCCAAAUUUUUUGAUGAGUAAAUUAAAUUUGCUUUGAUAUUAAAAGAAGAUUUCCAUGUAUAUUUGUAACCUAUAGCAGGACAAAAUACUUUGAAAUUGCAGAAAUGUUUGAAUUGUUUUGUUGAUAUUACAAACACUUGCAAAUACAUAAACAUAAAAACUCACUCCCUUAUGUGAACAGUGACUCUCAAAAUUUGAUAAUAAACCAUAUUGGA